AACGAAGUGAUACAAUAAAGUUUAUGGUGUGAUAUUGUUAUAUUUCUUCCAAAUUAUAAUGGAAAAAAUAAUAUUUAAAAAAAUUUUUCCUGAAAUAAUUUUAACAUUGUUAGUUGGAGUGAUAGUUUUUGUAAGUUCAUUCUUGGAACCUGAUUCGCAAGGUUUCUUUUGUAAUGAUAGAUCCCUUGAUCGCCAACUCAAACAAUCGACUGUUAGCAAAUAUUUUCUAUGCUUAUUUUAUUUUGUGAUACCAAACACAGUGAUAUGGUAUGAUUAUUAUAUAUGUUCAUACAAAAGUAUGAUAACAACAUGUAAUCAAACAAUAUACUUUUGGUUGGGUUCAGGAUUGGCUCAUAUCACUGUUAACAUCGGAAAAUAUUGUACAGGUCGAUUGAGGCCAAAUUUUUUUCAAGCCUGUAAACCAAAUAUUAAAUGUCUAAGUAAAGAUCAAUUCAUAGAUGAAUAUAUUUGUACAAAUUCAGACGUCUCAGUUGCAAUUGAAUCAAAAAAAUCAUUUCCUUCAGCUCAUGCGUGUUUGGCAUUCUAUUCUGCUAUCUAUACAAUUGGACUAGUCCAUAAAAGAAAAAACAAUGCUUUAUUAGUAAUACUUCAGUUCAUAUUGUUUUUAAGUGCAUGGUACACUGGUCUGACAAGGAUUUCUGAUAAUAUGCAUCACAGUACUGAUGUAAUAGCUGGUUCAAUGAUAGGUGUAUUGUUUGCGACAGUAAUGAUGUACAAUUUGAAAUUUUUUGACGAAAGCAUCUCUUCGAUAUCAACAUAACAAACAAAAAAAUGUUCAAAAAAUAUGUAUAAUAGAAAUAUUUUUUAAAGGAAAGUAUUAAUUUGAAGCACCAUUAUUGUUGAGUUAAUAAAAGCAUUCUGUCAUUAUCUA